CAUUUUGUAUUUAGUCUGUUCAAGACGUAAAUGUGUUUCAGAUGACGUCUCGAUAUGGUAUGACCCAACCAGAGCAGAGUGUGUGUGUUACACGGUCCUCAUAUUGUUGGCUAGCAGAUAUUGUACAGUUUUAACCAUUUCUAUAGAGUCUUGCUUAAAAACCCCAGAUCCACAUAUUAAUAUUUUCAUCUAUAGGUCAUCUAUAAAACAGUAUUAUCCAUUUCUUAUCACAAAUUAUUUUCACAUACAGUAUAAUGUAUAAUAUCCUAAUUUACUGUUAUGGUGCUGUGUUAUUACAAACAAAUAUUUAUUCUUCAUCAUUUCAUUCAAGGCAAGCAAGUCCAGUGGAAUUAUACCCUUCCAGUGUCCUACAGCAAAGCAGACCUCUACUGACCUACUUGAUGAAUCUUCGGAUGCUACGGACUAUGACGAUGCAGACUAUGUUCCAGACACAUGUGGCAGUUUCUUGGAUGCUUCUAUUAUAAGUACUAUAAGUUCUUGUAGUAAGGAAUAUAAAACCACAGAAAAUAAUCUCCACCACAAACUGUCAGAGAACACACCAUUAGGGAACGUUACAGCACACAGUGGGGAUAGUACCACCAGUUCAGAGAAGCCAAGAACAUUAAGUUAUUCAAAGAUGCGCAGCAAUCCUUGUACUUCAGUAAUAAGCUGCAGUGUGAAUUCAUCAGAGAACACAUCACACCAGAAAAGCUCCAUAAAUGUCACACCUUUGUCAAUAACAGCAAAAGGAAGCAAGUACAACAAGAAGCAAUUUUGUCUUUAUUGUAAAAAGGCCAUUUCUAAAUUGGCAAGACACCUCGAAUCCAUCCACAGUGAAAAGCCUGAUGUUGCAAUGGCUUUCAGUUUUAAUAAAGGAUCCCGCAAAAGAAGAGAGUUGUUACGCUCUCUUAAGAAGAGAGGAAACUUUGACCAUAAUGCUGAAGUGGCAAGCUGUGGCACUGGAGAGAUGGUUGCCUGUAGAAGACCUAGUACUGCAAAACCAUCUGAUUACUACCGUCACUGCAAAUUUUGCGAAGGACUGUAUGCAAGAAAUUCCCUAUGGAGACGUGAGAAACUGCCCGAAGAAAUCUGUUGAGGGAGAGCCUCAAGUUGGGCGGAAAUGGAUUCAAUUGCACAUACCAAGACCUGACUCAGUUAAGGAAGCUGUUUGGAAGAUUGUUUGUGAAAUGAACCAGGAUGACGUUUCCUCGGUUGUAAGGAGUGAAACUGAAAUCCUUUGUAUCGGCGAGUCAGUGUUAAAUUCCAGGAAACCAUAUGAGAAAAGGAAUGACUACGCACGCCAAAAAAUGAGAGAGAUGGCAAGACUAUUGAUAACGGCAAGGGCUAUAACACCAUUGAAGAGCACCGAAGACCUUGUUAUGCCCUGUAACUUUCCCCAUGUGAUACAGGCAGUAAGAUCUGUUGCUGGUUAUGAUGUUGAAAGCAACUCGUAUAAAAUCCCAUCAUUGGCUUUGAAAUUGGGACACAGUUUAGCCAAAGUUGCAGGCAUUGUGCAAUGCAAUGCCAUCAUUGCAAAUCGCCCUGCUGUUGCAGAGUCUGCAAAGCAAUUUGCCACUUUACAUCAGAAAAAGUGGACAGAGUCCAUUUCAGCUGCCGCGUUGGGUACACUUCAACAAGCCAAAUGGAAUAAACCACAGGUUUUACCCUUUACAGAGGAUGUGUCGGCGCUGCACAAGUUUCUUGCUACUGAGCGUGCUAAGUGUAUGAAGGACCUUGAGGAAGAACCCAACAGCAAAAGCUUUGGAAAUCUUGCUAAAGUGACUUUGACGCAGGUAGUACUAUUUAACAGAAGGAGGGAAGGGGAAGUUUCAAAAAUGGAGCUUCAGUCUUUCACAUCCAGGGAUCUUACGGAGCUGAAUCCAGACAUUGUGAGUGGCCUUACUGACUUUGAGAGGAAGCUUGCAGAGCACUUUGAGAGAGUUGAGAUUCGAGGUAAAAGGUCAAGAAAGGUUCCAGUGCUUCUAACCCCUGACAUGAUUGCUGCUAUGGACCUCCUCAUGAUAAGCAGGAAAGAGUGUCAAAUCCACAAAGAAAAUGUGUACAUGUUUGCACGGCCAGGUAUCCUUUCCCAUUACAGAGGCUCCGACUGCUUUCGCAAGUAUGCAAAUCAAUGCGGCGCAAAGAACCCAGAGGCACCUUUCUAGGACAUGACAUCCAUGUCCAUAGAGAAUUCUAUCGGCUUCCAGAGAGUACCCUGCAGCUCGCAAAAGUCAGCAAACUGUUGAUAGCAAUCGAAAAAGGAAGACUGCCUUACCUGCAGGGGAAAGGGCUGGAUGACAUUGAGGUCAAUCCUGAAGUUAAAACUUUGUUUGAAAUAUAGUUUUUAGCAACUUCAAAUAUAACUAUUAUAAGUGUUGUUAGUCCUUCAUUUAAAUAAUUGGCCGUAAAUGUUUUUUACCCAACCAGAUGAAGUAGAAAUGAGUGAUGAUGAUUCCAGCGAAGAAUCCAUUGCUGACCUACAUCAAUGCAAAGGCUCAACAACAGAAACUUCUAGGGACCAGACACUUCUGAGGCAAACACAAGAGUCAACCACCCUGGAUAACAUGGAGGGCACUCCUGAGUCAACCACCCUGGAUAACAUGGAGGGCACUCCUGAGCCAACCACCCUGGAUAACAUGGAGGGCACUCCUGAGUCAACCACCCUGGAUAACAUGGAGGGCACUCCUUAGCCAACCACCCUGGAUAACAUGGAGGGCACUCCUGAGCCAACCACCCUGGAUAACAUGGAGGGCACUCCUGAGUCAACCACCCUGGAUAACAUGGAGGGCACUCCUGAGCCAACCACCCUGGAUAACAUGAGCAACACACAACCAAGACAUGGUAAAAUAGUCACAUCCCAAGCUUCCUCAAAGUGCUCCAAAGGAAAGCAAGCUGUGAAGGUGAGAAGCAAGUGGACAGGUGAUGAAGUGAAAGCUGUUGAGCGGCAUUUGCUUAAUUUCAUAACAAGUUGCAGAAUACCAGGUAAAAAGGACUGUGACUCCUGCCUACAAGCAGAGCCAGUAGCUCUGAAAGACAGAGACUGGUUUGCUAUCAAAUAUCCACAACAGAAACGUAGCAUUAAAAAGGAAGAUGAAUAGAUAGAACUAGAGCCAACUGUAGCUCAGGUACCAUCCAAUUCCAAUCAGCUUCUCCUCAGAUAGUGUUAAUAUCUGUGGGUUUCAUUUUCAUAUUAUUUUCCUUAAAUGAUUUAUAUUUUUGGUUCUUGUACAAACAUGCCACAUAGGCUCGACUGUAGAUCCAACAUGUUCGUAUUGUUUAUGUAUAAUUGAGGGCUAUUAAUGAGCAUAUGUUUGCCACUUAUGGUCACAUGUUUUUGGAAUAACAGUUGAUGAUAUAGGUUAAUACUCUGCUCUCAUUGACAGGGAAAAGAGAUAAACAGUCCUUAAAGGGAUUGUUAUUGUUCCCAAGUUUUCAGCAGCACUUUGUUCUUAACCACAAGUUGUUGAAUGUGGCAAGGUGUUUCAAUUACUGUUAAACUAUUACCAUUUCAAUGGGUGCUUGUAACAGGCCUUGUGUAUAGUAACUUGCACUACGUAAAUAUGAUGUAAAUCCCUACGUUAUUUAGACAGUUAGCUGAAUAUACUGUACACUGUCAUGUUUCAUAAAAGCUGGAUGCUUUAAUAGAGAGUUUCUCAUUCAUUUUAAACAUGCCAUUUCUACUGCCUUGUGCAUAGCAGGGAAGGAGGCAAAGUGUAGGUGGUCUAUUCUGGGUAUUCAAUUGAUUUGUUAAUUUGCAUAUUUUCACUGGCACUCAAUAAAAGUAAGAAAGG